AUGGCAGUUUCUCUCUCUGACCCCACUCCUCCGUUCCCACCUCUUCUCCGUUUCCCCCACCCCCCCCCAAUUCCUGGCCUCGCCAUUCCUCCCCUCGUCCAGCCGUCGUAUGCAGUGAGGGAGGGCGACAGGGUGCAGGGCAGUCUUGCCCCGCCCCAGUCACAGCACGCAUUGGAGCCAUCCGCCAUUGCCCUGCACGUGGUGCAUGAGGAUGACCACGUGGUCGUGAUCAACAAGGCUCCGCACAUGCAGGUGGUGCAUCCCGCUGCAGGCAAUUGGCAAGGCACUCUCGUGAACGCACUACUGCACCACUACCAGCUCUCCUCCUCCUCCUCCUCCUCCUCCUCCUCCUCCUCCUCCUCCUCCUCCUCCUCCUCCUCCUCCUCCUCCUCCUCCUCAUUCCCUGGGUCCGAUUUGCCCUCCAUGAAAGGAGUGGGGGAGAGGGUAGGGGACUCUCAGUCUUCUGUAGCAGCUGGUUGGGAUGAGGAGGAGGAUGAGGAGGGGGAUGAGGACGAGGAGGAAAUUGAAGAAGGGGACGAGGGAGAGGAGGGGAAGGAGGGACAGGGAGCAGAGGUGGGAGUGAGAGCAAGCAUAACAGGGGGGGCACAUGUGCGGCCUGGGAUAGUGCAUCGGCUGGACAAGGGAACAAGCGGGCUUCUUGUGGUAGCCAAGGACCCGUUCAGCCAGGCUCACCUGAGUGCGCAGUUCAAGGCACGAACCGUGCACAGAAGCUACCUCUCUCUUGUCAUUGGCACGCCGUCUCCCCUCUCCGAUCGUGUGGAUGCGCCCAUUGGUCGAGACCCCAAGGACCGCAAGCGCAUGGCCGUGCUGCCUCUCACGGGCUCUCACCGCAGCAGACGAGCCGCCAGCAGGUACUGGGUGCUGGGUCGGUUGCUGGAGGAAGCAGCUGUGGGGGCAGGAAGUGAUAUUUGA